CUGAAAAUUACAGUAGGCGCAAACAGUGGAGAAGGAUGUGACGCCGCCGUUAACGAGGUUCUCGAAGACUUUGUCGCUAGCGUUUGGGAUGAUCAGACUUUUGUUUCCCUUCUUAUAACCGAUAGCGACUGCGCCACUCGAACAAUUGCAAACAUCAGUGCAACAUCCACUGCCGUGAACAAGGUACAACUAAUCUCCUCACAAAACCUGAAUGAAGUUUACGAGCAGUUAACGUAUCCCCUCGUCGAGCAUGGCUACGUGAAUUCGACUUUUGAUGCCCAAAUCGUGCUCAAUACUCCGUACUAUCUCAGCAACUACUCCACAUCGUGCAGAUCUGAAAUGCCGCAUGUACCCUUGGUCGACAGUCGCCCUUAUCAUCGUCCCAAAUAUCUCUAUAUCGCUAUGGACGACAUGGUGUGGAUCACCGUCUGCGCGACUAUCAGCGUCAGUGUGUUUGGCGUCAUCAUUUACCAGCACGUAAAACGCCAGCACAAAGAAGCAAAUGGAAAUUCUAACCGAAAUGAUGCUGCAGCCGAGGAACUUCAAGUGAGUCGGUAUUUCCCUAAAGAUUGUUGGCGCUUACUUUCUCAAAUGAAGAGGAUAGCAGCCGUUAUAAGAAAUGGUUCGGGCGCCAGGUCAAGACCAUCUCCCUAA